AUGAUACAAGAACGUGCUGAUUACAAGUCACUUGAUCCCGCUGAUAUCCUCGAGAGGCUAAAUACUCAUGAGUUCCAGCUUGCUGAAAAGAGAGAUCUCUACGGUUCGAGCUAUGGCAGAUCACGUGCACUGAAGGCCAAGGUAGUUUCUAAGUCUAAAGAUGAAGACUCUGGCAGCAGCCUUGGUGAUCCUGAAGAACUGAGCCAUGAACUAGCACUGCUCGUGAAGAAAUUCCAGAAGUUCUCAAGACGUGGUCGCUUUGGAAGAUCCUCAAGGAGCAAUGAUUCCUCGUCCAGUGACUACAAGAAAAGGCUUUGUCACAAAUGCAAGAAACCUGGACACUACAUACAAGAUUGUCCUCAGUGGGAAAAGGAAUCAAAGAAGAAGAAAUACAAGGAUUACAGUUCUGAUGAUGCGAAGAAAAAGAAGAAAUCAUCAAAGUCUUCAUCAUCAAAAUCCUCAAAGUCUUCAUCUCACAAGAAGAGCAGCUCCAAGAAGGCUCGGGCAUUCAUUGGCAAGGAACUGGGCUCUGAGGCUGAAUCUGAAGAAAAUGAGGAAGAGGAGGCGUCUGAGGAGUCCGAAUCUGGUGUGGCGAGCCUAGCUCUCGCUACUGCAUUCGUGAGCAAGUCUAUCUUCAACUCUGAAGAAAAUGACCUGACCAACAAGGUUGAUGAAGGCAAUGAUGACUACACUCCCACCUAUUGCUUCAUGGCAAAGGGUGCCAAGGUACUCAAAUAUACCUCCUCUGAAUCAAGUGAGAAUGAAUCUGAUGAAAACCUCAAGCCCAGCUAUUCUAAACUUGCAAAGAUUGCUGGGAGGGUGCCUGCAGAAACCCGGAUAUCUCCUCGCUUUCUAGGAUUCCUUUUCGGGAAUUCGGGCGAGAAUGGAAAAUCCGCUCUUCUGUCCGUCCUCCCACGGGCAUAUGGUUGGCUGCGGAUCUGCGCGCCGGAGAUAAAUAAGACCAGCCGCGGCCGUGAUUUUCAAGUCAGUGCUACUCGACGGCUCAGUAAAGAAGAAAUGAUGAACUCAUGA